AUGGCUAUGAGAGAAAUGCAAAACCAAGUUAGUCAAUUGGCUAGUGAUAUGAAUCAACUCAAGGCACAAGAAUCUGGAAAGUUUCCUUCUCAAUCGUUGAACCAUAAGGAGAAUGUCAAUGCUAUUGAUCUAAGAAGUGGGAAGCAAAUUAAGAAACCGACAACAUCACCGGAUGCUAACGGACCUGUUUUAGACCAAGAAAUGGAUGAAACAGCCCCUAACAAGGCUGACUCUAAACCUCUUGUUUCUACUAAUGUCACUUCUCCACCUUUUCCUAGUAGGUUUGCAAAGUCAAAGAAGGAGACACUAUACAAGGAUAUUUAUGAGAUCUUCAAGAAUAUCCAAGUGAACAUACCACUUCUUGAGGCAAUAAGGCAAAUUCUUCGCUACACAAAAUUCUUGAAGGAAUUGUACACUAACAAGCAUAAAUUGGUUGAUAACGAAGUUAUGUAUGUGGGUGAGAAUGCUUCCGCGUAUCUUCAAAAGAAACUCCCACUAAAAUUGAAGGAUCCCUGUAGUUUCACUAUACCAUGUACAAUUGGUACAACCAGGUUUGAUCGUGCUUUACUAGACUUAGGUGCAACUACUAAUGUUAUGCCUGCCUCAAUAUAUGAAUCGUUAGACCUAGGUCCUCUUAAGGAUAUCGGUAUUAUUAUUCAACUUGCUGAUAGGUCCACUACAUACCCGAAAGGGGUUGUGGAAGCUGUUUUGGUGCAUAUUAACGAGCUGAUUUUUCCUGUAGACUUUUAUGUUCUAGAUAUGAGGGACGAAGAUUCUCCCUCGUCUAUACCGUUGUUGUUGGGUAGACCUUUCAUGAGAACUGCUAGAACUAAAAUUGAUGUCCUUAAAGGAACUAUAACUAUGGAAUUUGACGGUGAACCCAUAAGUUUCAACAUCUUUGAGGCUAUGAGAUACCCGAGUGACGUACAUUCCUGUUUUCAGUGGAUGUGA